AUGCCCUCCAACAUGACCCCAGGCGUAGACCCUCCCGGAGCCGACAAGUCUUUCAUCUCUAUCAUCUCCGUCCUUCUCGCGAUAAUUGCGACAGCAUUCUUUUUGGGCUGUAUUUCGCGUUGUCUGGUCAAGCGAAAAGAGAGGAUCCGCCGGGAACAGCAAAAUAUUCCCCUGCGGGAUGGGAGGACGACGGUGCCAGCUGCAGCCCGCCCGCCACGGCCGAGCAAUGAGACUUUGCCGCGGCGGUAUAAGGAGGUCGAGACGCCGCCGCCGGCGUAUUCUGCGGGGAGGGAGCGGGUGUUCGAGGAGUAUCGGAGGUGCAUGUGCGGCAAAUCGAGAAGUGACGAAGAGGUUGUUUUUCUUUCAAUCAAUCACGUCCCUGACGUCGCUUUCACUCCAUCAGUCAAACCUCUCCAACCCGAGACAAUCCAGCAAGGUGUCAACAAUCUCAGCACAUCCUCUCUCAUCAUGAAUCUCAACGCCGACAUCACCCUCGCCUCCCUCGACGUCAAACUCCUCGUCAUCUGGACCGGCUUCCUCCUCGGCGUAUCCAUCCAAGGCCUCUGCGACAUCCUCUCCAUCCAGACAAGACAGCGACGGGGCCAUACACAAUGCAUCAUACGGUUCCGGAGGUCGAAGAUGAGAAGAUGGACGAGACAGGUUCGGGUACACGCCUUUCUGCUGGCGAUCUGCCGGGCACGGGUCGUGAGUUUGUGGUUCAAUGAGAUGGUUAAGGAGGAGGAGCUGCCGCUAGCGUAUCGGCAGUGGUAA